CUCGGCAUCUGCUUGUGCCGUUAACCCGGCGUGCUGUCUGCCUGUCUCUCAACCCUCUCCUUUCUGCAGCAACCGCCGACGCCCAACCUGCUCUCUCACCCUCUCCGUCUGCAGCAACCGCCGAACCCCACGCCAGGUGCCCAGAUCGGCGUCCCUUCCCGCCAUUCGUCGCGUCUUUCGCCGGCGUCAAAGCAUCAGCACUGUACUGCUUCAGUUAUAGUUAUCUGAUAUCUACCCUUGGCCAAAUCAAGCUACCUAUUGUGCCUACGAUUUUUGUUAGGAGCUGUCAUAGUUCAGUUUUUGGUGGAGCAGUCACAGUUGUUCUCAACUGAAGACAUGGCUUUAAAAUCUAGUAGAUGCUCAGAUGAAAGCUAUAUAGAACCUGUCCUAUGCUGGAAGAAGGAAUUCAGAUCAUCUGUGAUUAAAAUUGUUGAUUCGUCCUUGAACUCGAGUUUGAUGCCUGUCGACAGUAUCUGUUCAAUUCCUGCUUCAGAAGAUGGUUUCAAUCUGAGUAAACGAAGGAAGAUGGAUGAGGAAUGUGAUCACCUUCUGACAAAUGGAAAUAUGAGAGAUGGUAGUACGACAAACUUCACAACCAUUGGAUAUAUCUCAUCUCCAGAGCACAACACGGAUGGCCAAUCAUGUAUGGUUAAUUCAAAUGCAGAAUUUUCAGCAGGAUCACGUUCUAAUGUCAAUAAUGGCCAGCCAUCAUCCUCAUCAAGUGCACCAUCUUAUAUCAGUCAGAGUAUUAGAAAUGCUUGGGAGUGUUCAUUGCCUGAUACAAAUACUGCAAAACCAGUAACAGAGUUAACAUCAGCGAGGGACCUUUGCAUCUCCAUCCUAAUAUGUCCCGCUAAAGACUCAGAACUAAGCAGAACAUCAAGUACUAUAGACUGUGAUGAUAAUCUAAUCAGUCCUUUAUUUGAAUGCAUGAAAUGCGGAUUGAUGGAAGAUCCAUCCAAAAUGUUAAUUUGUGAUUGUUGUGAAGGAGCAUUUCAUUUAUUGUGUUGCAAUCCACGUGUCAAGAAAAUUCCAGAGGAAGAGUGGUAUUGUUUGGCCUGUAAAAAAAAGAAACCUAAGAGGCAACGUGGAAAGUUGACAAAUCCCAAAGUUAAAUCAUCCAAGGACAUUGAAAGACCUCGUCGAGGCCUUGGUCCUAUUCGAGAGAUGUUAGUGGAUUCUGAAUCAUAUGAAAGUGACGUGAGGAUUGGUAGUAAGUUUCAAGCAGAAGUUCCAGAAUGGUCAGGUCCUAUUUCCAGUAGAGAAGAUCAGUUUGCUGAGCCCACUGAACUUGAUCCUAGUAAAACGACAACGCUGGGUUGCUUAGAACAGUUUGAGGAUAAGAAAACCACUAUUGGUAAUUGGAUCCAGUGCCGGGAAGUUCUAGACACAGGAGUUAUUUGUGGCAAAUGGCGGAGGGCACCAUUGUUUGUUGUUCAAUCAAGCGACUGGGACUGUUCGUGCUCAGUUGUUUGGGAUCCUUUCCAUGCUGAUUGUGCUGUUCCGCAGGAAUUGGAGACCGCUGAAGUUCGCGAGCAACUGAAGUACAUAAAUAAGCUGAAGAGUCGUCUAGGUGACAGCAACCAGAAACGCUGAAAAGUGUGCACCCAUCCUCAUGUGAGUUGUGCAUGUGAAGGUAUCAUUUAAGAGACUAGAUGAGGAAGCAUUUUUUUUUCCAAAUAGGGAACUCCUGCUGUCCUGCACCAGUGCUGUCACAGGUCAGCAUCGAUACCAUGGGUCAAUUUUUCUCGGAUGAAGUUAGAACCAGUAGAGAUGAAAUCCGUGUCCAUACAUGGCAUCUUGACACAUAAAAAUGCUCCUUCCAACACCCAACAUUCGUCAUACAUAUAUGUCAUAGUUUUAGUGUCUUCUUGUGUAAAAAAAAAGGAAAAGCAUUUUAAAAACAAAAGCCAUAGCAUAAGCAAAGAAAAAGAAGAGUGGAGAACUACUACUCGGUGAGAUGGAAACGGAAAGGUUUUCGUGUUUGGAAGAACAAAGACCCAAGGCUGUUUGCAUUAUGCAACCAUGUAGCGCCGAUCGGUUUUGUUAUUGUGAGGUGCAAACUAGGGGUGGGCGUGUGUGUUUACAGUUUUGUCACCUUCGCUGCAUGAAUUUUGAUGACUGGAAUGGAUCACAAUGCUAUACUUGUUUAUUCUCUUUUACAAAAAGCUCUAGCUCGAGUGAAAACAGUCGUGGUUCA